CAGCGCCCGAGGAACAGCUCCGCGCAUGCUCGGCUCAAGGGCCCGUCCGCCGUCGCGGGGGUCGGGAGGUUCGGAAGCUCGGGAAGCCGCCGCAUGGCGCAGGCGGGGAGCGCCGGCCUGGGUGCCGGAGAGCAGCGGGGCGCGGCCCCGGGGCGCGCGCCUUGGCGUUGGGCCCUAGGGCUGCUCUGGCUGACUGCGGCCCCCGGCUGGUCCCAGGUCUCUGGAGACCGCACCCGACGCCAGUGGCCGGUGCCUUACAAGCGCUUUUCCUUCCGUCCAGAACCAGAUCCUUAUUGUCAAGCUAAAUAUACUUUCUGUCCAACUGGCUCUUCUAUCCCAGCUAUGAAGGGUGAUGAUGUCAUUGAAGUCUUUCGAUUACAAGCCCCAGUGUGGGAAUUUAAAUAUGGAGACCUCCUGGGUCACAUGAAAAUUAUGCAUGAUGCUAUUGGAUUCAGGAGUACGUUAACUGGCAAAAACUACACAAUGGAAUGGUAUGAACUUUUCCAACUUGGAAACUGCACAUUUCCCCACCUCCGACCUGAGAUGAAUGCCCCUUUCUGGUGUAAUCAAGGGGCUGCCUGCUUUUUUGAAGGAAUUGAUGAUAUCCACUGGAAGGAAAAUGGGACAUUGGUUCUGGUAGCAACCAUGUCAGGAAACAUGUUUAACAAAAUGGCAAAGUGGGUAAAACAGGACAAUGAGACAGGUAUUUAUUAUGAGACAUGGACUGUCCAAGCCAGCCCAGAAAAAGGGGCAGAGACAUGGUUUGAAUCCUACGACUGUUCCAAAUUUGUGUUGAGGACAUACAAGAAGUUGGCCGAACUUGGAGCAGAGUUUAAGAAGAUAGAAACCAACUAUACAAGAAUAUUUCUUUACAGUGGAGAACCUACUUAUUUGGGAAAUGAAACAUCUAUUUUUGGGCCAGUAGGAAACAAGACUCUUGCUUUAGCCAUAAAAAGAUUUUAUUACCCCUUCAAACCACAUUUAUCAACUAAAGAAUUUCUAGUAAGUCUUUUGCAAAUUUUUGAUACAGUGAUUAUACACAGACAAUUCUAUUUGUUUUAUAAUUUUGAAUAUUGGUUUUUACCUAUGAAAUUCCCUUUUAUUAAAAUAACAUAUGAAGAAAUCCCUCUACCUAACAGAAACAGAACACUCUCUGGUUUAUAAAACCUUGAUUCUAUCUUUUUUGAUUCUAUCUCCAGCCACCAGCAUCUUGAUUUUCCAGGAAGUGAUUGUGUAUUUACGGAUUUCGUAGGCCUUUCUUCCUUGGGGCAGAAGGGUAACAUGCAUGUCAGCAGACUUGCUGCAUGUUAACAUUUCAGAACUUGGAACCAAUGUUGAAGAUCUCACUGAUUAUAUUGGCUAAAGUAAGCCGGUUCGGUGAUCUUGAUUUCCAUUCCCAAGCCUAUGUUAAUGUGGAGAAUUAUGGUUCGUAUCAGAUGUAUAGGAUCUUUGGAGCCAAUAUUUGUAAACUGUGGAUAUGGCGUACCAAUAUUUAAAAAAUAUCUUCAGUGACAGCUUCAUGGUGGGAGCUAUUUUUUCUGGUAUGGUAGUUAAACUGUUUCCUUUAAGUAUAUUUUGGUAGUUUAGAUUGACUUUAUAUCUUUUAUAGCUUUUGGAAUCAGGUCUAAUAGUCUGAUUGAGCUCCAUUCACUUAACCUUAAAGACUUACUUGGACACCAUAGCUGGAGUGGUUUUGCUUCCAAGAUGUGGUAAAUACAGUGUUAAAGAGAACAAAUCUAGGGGGUUUGAUUUCUGGCUGGCCUUUUGGAACUAGCCAGUAACUGGCAUUUUGUAAUGUAAGCAACUUAACAUCGCUGAACCUUCGUUUCGUUAUCUCUAAAAUGAUUCAUCUCUCAGGAUUGCUGUAAAGAUUAAUGCAUGUUUGGCAUUGUAAGGUCUCAGUAAAUGGUAGCUACAAUAAUUAAUCAAAGAACACAUUAUCAUCCUUGGUGUUGCUUAAUGUAGUUUGUGCCAGCCUCUCCUGGGUUUCAUAAUAAUCACCUAGACUUUGACCUGAUAGCAUAAUGCUUCACUGGUUCUUCCAACAUUUGUGGUAUGAAAGUGAUCUGGCGGCAGGCUUGUCUGUGUAAACAGGUACCUCACUGCUUUUGUAGUUCUCCAGCCUCCUAUUAAAGCUGUCCGCUCAGUGGAAGAGGGUGAGCUUCCCAGAGAAAGGACUGGUUUUUGUCAAGGAGCUGUGCUUCCAUUGUGGCCAUCAAACAAGCUUUCAAGGCCCUUUAAGCAUUUGAUGAUCAAUUGAGCACAUUCUUUCUAUUCAUGGACAAACCACCAGUCAAUAAGACGAUGAAGCAGACAUCAGAAAACAAUACAUGCUUAAUAUGUAACUGUUCCAAUUAUUUAGUUUUCAACUAACAUUUGAGUGCUUCCUAUGAAGUUUGUACAUUUUCAUUGAAUUCUCAUUAAAAGCCUAAACAGAUUUUACCUGAUCUAAAUGAGUAAAGUGAGGUUUAGAAAGGUUAAGUGGCUUUUCCAGGGUUACCCAGCUUGUAGGAAUGGAAUCAUAUUCAGUUCUCCUGACUGAAUUGGAUGCCCUACAUGAGUUUUCCCAUGCUACUCAAAGUGUGGCCACAGACCAGUGCCCAUUCACCGAAUGUUACUGGUCUGUGAAGGACAUAAAGUACUGUUUUAAAGGAAUUUGACAGAGUAAUUUUGUGUCUCGAGUUUAAUUUAAAAAAAAAAAAAAUGGGAUUUGUAUUUUGAAUGUCUUUUUAAAUUUUUUCUAAGAUUUCAUUUUUAUUGUCUUUUUCAAAAUUGUAGGCCCACAACAGAUUAAAAAUAAAAACCCAGUCCUUUACCACAAACAGCUUGAGAAGCACUGCACUGUACCAUUCAGAGGUAGUCUUCCUCAGAUACAAAGAGAGAACUUACUUUCACAGCCUCCCAUUUAGCGUGUCUCCUCAUGUUAAUAGUACCUAACCAUUCCUGGUUAAUCUUGCCUCUAACCUGCUAGUUGUCCUCAGAAUAAAGCAAACCAAACCCGUUGCCGUCGAGUUGAUUCCAACUCGCAGUGACCCUAUAGGAUGGAGUAGAACCACCCUAUAGGAUGGAGUAGAACCACCCCAUAGGGUUUCCAAGGAGCAGCUGGUGGAUUCAAAUUGCUGACCUUUUGGUUAGCAGCCUGAGCUCUUAACCACUGCACCACCAGGACUCAGUCCUCAGAAUAAAGCACAAGAAAAACUUAAUUUUUGCAUUACCACCAUCUAGUGGCUAAAAUAGGGUAAUGCCAACUUCCACAGGAUUGUUAGGAAAAUUGCACUGGGCAGUUGCAUUUCCAGAACUGCAAAGUGACAAGCAAAGGCUCUUGUGCCAGGUUGAUUGACUGCAAAUCACAAAACUUAGUCCCACAGCAAAGACUAAAUGAGCGCAUCUGCACGUGGAACUUGAGUUUUAAAGCAAGAUUCUAAUAUAUUAAAGAGGUGUUCAGGAUUUUUCAUCACAGUAUUAAUGAAGUUAUGUGAAAGUACCAUAGACCGAGGUGAUCACAGCAGAGAGAGCAUAGCAUUCAUACAAGGGAGUUCUUAAGAAUUUAUCAAACCUGUCUACUGUACUUACAAGAGGAAGUAGGGCUUUCGAGUAGAGAUGAUUCAAGAACGUGCUUUCAAAAUGGUAGUUGAACUAAAACAUGGUCAGGCAGGAAUUUGUGUAUUAAAUUUUGCUGCCCUUUGAACUACUGUAUAACUUAAAUGUGAUUUUUAUUUUGCUGUUAUAAAUGUAUAAAAUUUCCUUAACUGUUUCUAAAAUAAACCAUUUUAAAUUUGAAUUAGGACUUUAGAAUGACGAUAGUCUUACUUACUAAUUUUGGCCCAGUAUUGGGUAAGUAUACCCAUAAAGUGUUUUCUAAUGGAUUGUUGCAGGUACAGGAAAUCAGUCAAAAGGUAAAAAUUACUAAGUUUAAAAUUUUUGGAAUCCUCCAUCAAUAUUGGCUCCUUCUUAAAAAUCAGGAAAAGACAAUAAUAAUCAGAAGUCUUCGGAAGUUUUAUCCAGUUUUACAGUCUACUCUGGUGGCACUUAAUGAAUUCUCAGUGACUGUAGUUCAAGAUGAUUUUUUUUUUUUUAAUAAACUGUCAGAAUAUACAAAGAGCAAUGUUCCAAAACUGCACACAUGCUGUUCCCUAUUCACAGCCACAGGUAAAUGGGGCUGACCAAAGUCUGUCUCCAGCAUCUUCCUCAUACUUUUCCCUUUAUUGUCCAAGUAAGUGCCUUGCUCCUCAAACUUUCCUUGAUACAUUCUCUCCCUUAUUUAAAACAAGAUGAUAGGUUACUACUCAUUUACAUUUUUACUGGUCUGAUAGCUCUUAGUUCACAAAGCUUUGUGUCCUUUUAAAGGUAAGUUGGGUGUUAACAAGCAGGUGGGAUUGUCCUGGCUGCUUGGUAGCAUGAAAACCAGCCCCACAGAUAAACUGGGGCAGAGUUUGUGCACAGAGCCUUGCAGGUAGAGAUUAUCUAUAGCCUCUUACAGGACUUAGUUUAGGUCUGAGCCUUCUUCACACCAACUCCUCCCUCUCUAUCCUGAGCUUUUCCAUAAAUACAAAAAAUUCUUCUAGAAUGCAGUGAAUUGACUUAAUCUUAAAAUAAGCAUGUUUUUUUACUGAUAAUAUUGUUAAAGUAGACCAGUUACCAAAGUAAAAUGAAGUUAAAUUUUUGGAAGCAGUUAAAUUAGAUGAAAAUAGUUUUGCUACUUUAGAAAUUCUUCUAAUACACAGAUUUACAUAGAUACUUCUCCCUAAAAAGGCUAGCUGGGCUUCAGGACCCUUCAAAGUUGAUAAUUCUAUGUCUAAAUAGUGUGUUUUGUAAGUUCUUAUUCUGAAUGCAGAAAGAACCUAUUCCUUGAACAAUUCUCAUUAUAAAAUUUAAAAUUUUUGGUAAAUUUUUAAUUUCGUAUCACCUUCAGCAUCAAUCAGAAUGAUUUCAAGAACAGAUACCUAUUUAUCUUCAAAAACACCGGUCUACCAUAUAUAUUCUUUAAUAAACAUUUUCCAUGGAUCUAAAACCAAACCAUAAUGUAAGCUUAACUAGUUUUAAAGUCAGGUAAGUAUAUAUGUUUGUGUGGCUUUUAAAAACUAUAAAACAACAGCAUUAGUAACUAUCUUUAUUCUCAAAUUGAUAAAGGCAUUUAACAGAUACUUUACAGUAUAAACAAGUACUAUGCAUUUUGCUUAUAAAGUGCCUUAAAAGUAUUCCAAACAUUAUACAAUUCAAUUUGUACAAAAAGUAAAUUUCCAGAUAAAGCUUUGGUUAGUAGAACUGCUUAUUGACAAAUCCAUUUUCCAAAGUUGUUCAAGAAAAAAAAAAAAAA